AUGUAUUCAAAAGCAAAAUAUUAUGAUGAACCAUUUCUUAAUGAAGGGCCAGAGCCAGGAUCACGUUGGGGAUUGAUAUUUAAUGGAGCUAUUAAUGCUUACGGUAAUGGAAUCGGGGCCAUCCUUGUUACUCCUCAUGGUUCCCACAUUCCUUUUAUCGCGAGGUUGACAUUCAAUUGUACAAACAACCUGGAAGAGUAUGAGGCUUGCAUUAUGGGUCUCGAAGAAGCUAUCGAUUUAAGAAUCAAGAUUCUGGAUGCGUAUGGAGACUCGACUUUGGUAAUUAAUCAGAUCAAAGGAGAGUCAGAAACUCGUCAACCCAGUUUAAUCCCCUACAAAGAUUAUGCAAGGAUGUUGUCAACCUUCUUCAAUGAAAUUUUGUUUCAUCAUAUUCCCCGUGAAGAAAAUCAAAAGGCAGAUGCAUUAGCCACUUUGUCCUCUAUGAUUGUUGUGAACUGGUGGAAUGAUGUGCCCAAAUUUGAUGUUAUGCGCCUUGACAGACCCGCUCAUGUGUUUUUAGUUGAAGAGGUCAAAGACAAUAGGCAGUGA